AUGACAGGCAUUGCACUUCUAGGCGCAGGUAUCUUCGCCCGCGAAGAACACCUCCCCGCCAUCCAAGCAAUCCCUUCCCUGACCCUCAAGGCAAUUUACUCCCGCUCCGAGAAAUCGGCGUCAUUGCUCGCCUUAUCGGCCUCCAGUGCGGUAGACAUUUACUACGACGUACCAGCAGCAUCAGCAUCAGCAUCAGCAGGGGGCCAAGGCGAGGAUAGAUCCCUGGACGCGUUGCUCAAGAGAGACGACAUUGCCGCCGUGGUCGUCUGCCUUCCCAUCUUGACGCAGCCGGCCGUCAUCCGCAAGGCGUUGGAGGCCGGGAAGCAUGUGCUGAGCGAGAAGCCUGUCGCGAAGGACGUGGCUACCGCUAGGGAGCUGAUGGAUUGGUAUAAUACCAUGACUUCGACGACGCUGACGAAGCCGGUGUGGGCUGUUGCUGAGAAUUUCCGCUUCUGGCCUGCCAUCGUUCAUGCUGUUGACAAGAUUCGUGAGGUGGGCGGCAAGUUGGUGACGUUUAAUCUGGACAUGUUUACGCUUGUGAAGGAUGAUAGUCAGUAUUAUAACACGGCUUGGCGCAAAACCCCCGAAUAUCAAGGCGGCUUCCUCCUCGACGGAGGCGUGCACUUUAUAGCAGCGCUACGCUCCAUGCUCGCCGCCGCCGAAGGAGAAGAGGUCACCCAGCUCACGGCCCGGUCGGCGCUUCUCCAGCCCCGACUCCCGCCCGUCGACACGGUCUACGGCGUGCUGACGACCCGCGGCGGCGUUUCGGGGACGGCGAGCAUCUCGUUCGGCAUCGAGUUCAAGGCCGGCCUCCAGUGUCAGGUCGUCACCACCGAGGGCAGCGUGACCAUGACGUCGUCCGAGGUGACGGUCGUGCGCAGGGGCGGUGGCGAUGGCGGUGCGCAGGUCGUCGAGAAGACGCAGUUUGGGCGCGACUCGGGCGUCAAGGCUGAGACGGAGGCUUUCGCGGCCAGUAUUGCGCGGGGUGGGGUUGACGCGCGGCAGACUCCCCUCGAGGCGCUGAAGGAUCUGCAGAUUUUAGAAGGGUUGUUGGAGUCGGGGGCUGCCGGGGGUGCCGUCAAGGCAAUCCAGUAG